AUGCUCGCUGCCUUCCGUUUCGGGACGGGUCUAUGGGAUCCGUCUCACCGCUUCGAGACAUCGUGGCUCCUGUCACCCUAUUUGUUGGGUGCUUGUCGGGCGUUAAUCAGUCUUUACAUCUUCGUUGUCCGCUUCUUCAUCAUUGGCUGGACUUGCUCUCACAGCACGUUUGGCGGGUGCGAAGAUGUCAGAGCAAGCUUCUCCUUCUUCACCGUCCUGACCUACUGGGGUCUGGGCUUCUACUUUCUCAUCUCGGCCAUCCACACCUUCACAUACGCCCGCUCCGGGUCUCCGCUGCUCGAACGCUUCCCGCGACCUCUGCAGGCUCUGCACGCAUUCUACUACACCACCGUCGUCACCUACCCCUUCAUCGUGACGAUCGUGUACUGGGGCAUCAUCUAUAAGGGGCCGUGGUAUCCUGAGCAGUUCGACGCCUGGAGCAACAUCUCCCAGCACGGCCUCAAUACCGCAUUCGCCCUCUUCGAGAUUGUCAUCCCGCGCACCAGCGCCGCCCAGCUCGAGUGGGUGCAUAUGCUUUGGCUCAUCAUCGUUCUAGCCCUCUACCUCGCGCUCGCGUACGUGACGUACUACACCCAACACUUCUACCCGUACACCUUCCUCGACAUCGAGGCGAACGGCAGCGGCAAGGUGGCCGCCUAUAUCGUUGGCAUCGCUGUUGCCGGCAUCAUCUUCUACCUGAUCGCCAAGGGCCUCAUCUGGUUGAGGGAAUGGGUGACGGAGAAGAAGCUGGGCAUGGACGGCAAAUUCGCGCAGCAGCGCUUCCACAACUAUGACACUGAGCUGGGCACCAUCAACUCCAAGCAUUGA